AUGCUUGUGCCACCGGAAAACUUUGGGACUGUUGAGUCUGGUAUUUACAGAAGCACCAAAUUGGAAAGUGAAAACUUCCCAUUUUUACAAACUUUAAACUUGAGAUCAAUGGUAAUACUAGAUACCGAAAAACCACCACGAUCAUUAAAUAAUUUUUUAGAAAACAAUCCCACCUUGCAGUUUUUCAAUUUAGGUGGAAUGAAAAUAUCCAAUCAUCAGCAUACUGGUAUUGUUUCCAAAGGCGAUCAAGACGAUGUUGAUAUGGCAAUGCAAGAGGCCCAAUCGAAAGGCACCAGUUUAUCUCUCAACACACCUAAAAACUUUUUCAGUACUAUUUCCUUAAACCGUAAAGAUCAAUGGAUGUUAAUUGAGAAAAAUAUUGUCAUGAAAGCAUUUGAGAUAAUGUUUAACAAGAAGAAUUACCCACUACUUAUAAUUGAUAGUUCUGCCACUUUAAUUGGAGUGUUGAGAAGAAUACAAAAAUGGAAUUUUAAUUCGAUUCUUAAUGAGUAUAGAAUAUAUUCAGGGAUGUCUACAAAAAAUAACUAUUAUGCGGAGACUUUUCUUGAAUUGGUUCAAGUAGAAUUAAUUGCUUAUGAACAUCAUAGCCCAAGCAGAAGAAAUUCCCGAGGAAAUAAUACCAUAUGUUUGAGAUCAAAUUCAAUCGACACUGAUAAUGGAGACCUCAGUGAAACAAGCGAUGUGAAUAAUUUUGAUGACGACUAUGAUGCAAUUGAAGAUGAAGAUGAUGAAGACUUGGAUGAUUUGGAUGAUGAAUUACUUUCUGCUUCUCCGCAGAUUCCAGCAAAUUUGUUGAAGCUCGUGGAGCAAGGAAGCAGUAAUAAUAGAGAACCAAAAAGACGAUUGAAUUCCGUUGAUGGCAAGAAAAUUAGUUAUCAAAGAAACAAUAGUUAUUCUAAUUCCCCUUCAUUUAGUGGUGACCAUUUCUUAAGUGCAAGAAGUAACCGACGCAGAUCGUCUACUCAAGAGAAUAAUUUUACCAUGUACAAAAACCUAAAGUUCAGAAACAGCCAUACCAAAUCCCCCUCUGGUGAUUAUAUUAGUACGUCACCUACAUUGAGAAGAAAAGAGUCUAGAAAUAAUAGUCAAGUGGAAUUUAAUGAACUUACUGAUUUUAUGUAUUACAAGAAUUUGCAAAAAUAUCCUAAAACAUUCGAACAUGUUCAUGUAUUAAAGAUAAAGUUACCUGCAGAGUACAAGCUACCUGAUUGGUUUAUAGUCUGUAGGAAUGCUUGGGAACGUGAGUUCCAAAGGUUGAAUAGUGAAGAAAAAUAUUGA